AUAAAGUGUCUCUAAAGGCUCGGAUGCAUUUGUCAAUGGAUACUUUGGGAAUAGUGGACGAUAGUUGCCUGGACAACUAUGACAUGGCAAAAGGUGCUGGGUCAAGCAAUGGUGGCAGGGUCCACAGUAUUGAUGUCAUACUAGGAUUCACUAAAGACCAGGACCCUUUACUCCAUUCGAUGGGAGAUGAUGAAAGCCAAAAAACGAAAAAUGUGGAAAAUCCACAACACCCCGAGAAGCAGGUCCCGUCAGAUCCUUACGGACACCUUUCAGAACUGGGUGACAAUUCCCAACCAUCUUCCUAUCAUGAAUCUGAGCUUUUCUCUGGGGACAAGUGUGAUGAGGAAAUGAGCAACCUGCAGAGGGAACUUGACAUUGCUGAGGGGUCACCAGAGACGACUAAAGAGGAAGAGCACACGAAAAAGAAACACAGAAGAAACCGUACCACGUUCACAACUUAUCAGCUGCAUGAGCUGGAGCGAGCGUUUGAGAAGUCCCACUACCCGGACGUCUACAGCCGUGAGGAGCUGGCAAUGAAAGUUAACUUGCCUGAGGUUCGAGUUCAGGUGUGGUUCCAGAACCGAAGGGCCAAGUGGAGACGUCAGGAAAAGAUGGACACUAGCGCCAUGAAGCUCCAUGAUUCUCCCAUGUUAACCUUCAAUCGCCCCCCUCCAAGCGUGGGGCCAGUGGCCAACCCGAUGCCCUUAGAUCCCUGGUUGACCUCACCCAUCUCCAGUGCCACACCCAUGCAUACCAUCCCAGGGUUCAUGGGUUCACCACAGGGACUGCAGCCUUCCUACCCAGGCCACAGCUUCCUCAACACACCACCUGGCAUGGUCCAAGGUAUGCAGCCGAUGGGCCCUCCGUCCUAUCAGUGCCCGCCCAGCUUCAAUGAUAAAUACCCAGUGGAGGAUGACAGGAGCUCAAGCAUCGCAGCACUCAGGAUGAAGGCCAAAGAGCACAUUCAGUCAAUGGAUAAAACCUGGCAGCACAUGUGAUCCGAUGAGGUACUGUGGACAGAUUUUUGAGUUGCCCCUCGCACCCGUGAAUGUUUACAAACUGCUUUUCUACUGUUUUUCUCAUGUACCAGCGAAGAAGGUACAUGACACCAAAGGAGUCGUGAGCAACUCUUCCUGUGAUUCUCUUUUUAAAAAUUCACUUUAAAAAUGUAAUUAAAUUU